GAUAAUAGAAAAACUGGGAAAAAUAAGAUAAAAACAUUGAAAGAUUUUGCCACAUGGUUGAAGCCUACGGAAGAGUUAGCAAUAAUGCUAACAGCCGAAACCACUAAGAAACAAGACAAUUCUCAAAGGCUCCCACAUAAUAUUCAAUCUGUCAAUCGCGAUACUCGACCGCAGCAACGAAACAGCUCUUAUAACAAUCCACCUCCUAGAUCUCGAUUUAGAUGCCUCAUUUGUGGCUAUGAUCACAGAGCCACUGAUUGCCAAGAAUUUAAAAAUAUGCCAAUAGAACGAAGAUGGGAAACCGUGAGACGUAUGCGCAUCUGUGUUAACUGUUGCAAUCAAACUAACCACGAUGCACAUAGUUGUUAUUUGCCUCCGCAAUGCAGGCAAUAUGGUUGUCGGGGAAGACACCACACCUUGCUCCAUCGCAUUUCAAUCCAGGAUCCAACUACACCGGUACGCACGGAAAAUUUAAACAUUCACAAGGAACCGGAAUUACCUGAAAUAUACUUUCAAAUUAUACCUGUGACCAUUCGCCACGGGGAUAAUGAACUUGAGACCUUUGCCUUUAUGGACUCAGGGUCUUCCGCAAGUUUGAUUUUACGCGAUCUCAAAGAAGAACUGCAAGUGGAGGGAUCACCUCGGCCAUUUUCUUUGGCUUGGACAAACGGAUCCAUUCAGGAGGAACCAGGCAGCCAAACUGUGUCCAUUUUGAUUAAGGACCAGUCUGGAAAAUUUAUUAACCUUGAUGGCCUGAGAACAGUAGAGUCAAUGGAGCUACCAAAACAAACCGUUGAUGGAGCAGCGCUUAAAAGAAAAUAUCGGCAUUUAAAGGGAAUUCAUUUAGCAAGCUAUCGCGAUGGACUACCCAAAAUAAUUAUCGGGUUACCACAUGCUCACCUCAUGUGUGCAUUACGCACCAAAUUAGGACGCGCGGGAGGACCAACAGCUAUGCAAACCCACCUGGGGUGGGUAUUACUAGGAGCAAGUAGUUCAAAAUCAAAACAGGAAAGAUUGUUUUCUCUCAUGGAGAAUGGCAAAGAAGAAAAAACAAUGGCGGAUCUAAUGAAAGGGUAUUUUUCUACCGAAGAGUUCGGUGUUAAGCUCGUCACCAACUUGCCUCAAUCAAAAGAAGAAGAGAGAGCAAAAAUACUAAUGAAGGAAACAUUAAAUAAAACGAAGAACGGGUAUGAAAUAGGUCUACUAUGGAAAAGAGAUGAGAUCAGACUCCCGGAAAGCUUCGCUCAAGCACUAAGAAGACUGCAAUGUUUAGAAAGGAAGAUGGAAAGAGACGCGAUACUAAAGAAAUGGUAUCACGAAGAGAUAGCUGCAUAUUGUCAAAAGGGAUACGCUCAAGCGAUCGAAGGGAACAAUCUGUUGAAAGAUGAACAUAACCCCAAACUAAAUUACAUACCGCACUUUGCUGUAAUAAAUUACAACAAGCCCAAACCUAAACCGAGACUUGUAUUUGAUGCUGCAGCAAAAAAUAAUGGCAUAUCACUUAAUUCACAAUUGCUGUCCGGACCUGAUGCAGUUGCAUCUCUUUUCGGCAUACUGAUCCGCUUUAGAGAGGGACGCGUGGGCAUUUCAGGUGACAUCAAGGAAAUGUUUCACCAAGUGGGCAUAAGGCAGGAGGACCGUUGUGCUCAAAGAUUUCUUUAUCGUAGCAACCCAAAUGAUAAACCACAAAUUUUCGAAAUGAAGGUAAUGACCUUCGGGGCAACAUGCUCCCCCGCAUGCGCCCAGUUCGUUAGGAACGAAAAUGCAGCACUUUUUCAAACGAGACGCAUCUGA